ACGCCCUACAAAAUGUGCCCUUCAUGUCGUCAGCUAGCGAGACCGUACCCUUGACUCAAUCGCCAUCGUUGGGACAACAGGAAGCUCAUUCUGCUCCGCGACCGCGUCCCAAGACCAGUCGGCGUCGACACAAACCCCAGCUCUCUUGCAACCUCUGCAGACUGCGCAAGAUCAGAUGUGACCGCCAGCAGCCAUGUUCUACUUGCUCGUUGCGGGGCCAAACAUGCAUCUAUCCGGAAAACCAUACAGCCACCCCGCUGUCGAGGCCGCCGCGGGCCGCAACACCUAGCGUGCACGAUCGCCUUGUGCAGCUAGAACGUCAUGUCAUGUCCCUGAUGGCAGAUUCUGCUAAGGAAUCCAAAAACAAUGCUGGCAUAUCCCCUGAUUUGAGCGAAAAUCAUGGCUCUCAAGGGUCUUUCAACCCAGCUGACAGCGAGCAUUUGGCCACACCAAUGGAUGGGCAAUCUGACUGUGGAAGCAUGCAUGUCGGUCCCUCGGAGCUCCGCUAUGUCGGUGGCGACCACUGGGCCGCAAUUCUGGACGGUAUUGCCGAUUUGAAGGACCACUUCGACCGGGAGGAGCAGCUCAGGUUGGCCUACAGCCCUGAUCAGUUCUUUCAGGAUGACAAUGGCAAUGCGGACGGCAGCAACCCUCCCGCGAGACCUGACUCACUUCACACACUGCUACUGUAUGGAUGCCCGAGGCCGAGGUCACGGGCUGAAAUCCUCGAGGCCCUACCGCCCAAGAGCGCCGUCGACCGAUAUGUUUCACGCUAUUUCAACUACUUGGACUUGGUAGCUUCUUCUGCUGUUCACGGCCCUAGCUUUCUCCGCGAGGCAAGUACUUACGAAAAUUUCUGGGCCAACCCUUCCAGCGCUCCGAUCAUGUGGGUUGGCCUUCUUUUCAGCAUGAUCUGCCUCGCAGUGGUGAUCUCGGACGCUACCAACGAAGCGGAGCAGCUCUCGCUUCAAAUUGGCCUGUAUCGCGAAAAGAUUGUGCAGUGCCUCAUCUUGGGCGAGUAUACCAAGGGACGACCAUAUGUGUUGGAGACGGUAAUACACUACCUCUAUGUUGAAUUUUGCAUGCGCGCCGACGCCGACAAAGACAUUUGGUUUCUACUCGCGCUCGAAGUCAAUUUGGCCAUGCGCAUGGGCUGCCACCGAGAUCCCAGCCACUUUCCCGGCAUUUCGCCCUUGCAAGGCGAGAUGCGUCGCAGACUGUGGACUGCUGUUCUGAUUGGCGACAUUCUUAUCUCGAGCCAGAUGGGCAUGCCACGCAUGAUCUCGGACUGGCAAUGUGAUACGGCCGAGCCGCAGAAUCUGAAUGAUGCUGACCUGGACGAGGAUACCACCGAGCUCCCCCCGCAGCGGCCGGAGACCGAACAUACAACGGCUUUGGGCGCCAUCGCCCGGAGAAGAAUGGCAAUAGCGCUGGGCACCAUCAUGGAUCUCACAGACGCGGUCAAGCCUUGUAGCUACGCAGAAGUGAUGCGGGUCGACGGCAUCUUGCACGACGCCGCAGCCAGCAUUCCCGCGCCGUUAAAGAUGAAGCCCAUGGCAGCCAGCAUCACCGACUCUGCGCAGGUCAUCAUGGCUCGCCUGUUUAUCAGUCAUAUGUUUUACAAGGGUCAGAUCAUGCUUCACCGGCGUUUUCUGUAUAUGGAUUCGCCAUCUCGAGACGAGGAUCCCCUUGCCUACUCACGUAAAGCCUGCCUAGAUGCAGCGCUCAGCACGCUGGAGAUCCAGCGUAUUCUCGACGAGGAGACGUGCCCCGGCGGCCAACUCCACGCAGUGCGCUGGCGCCUGACUUCCAGCAUCCACCAUCAAUUUCUAACGGCCACCAUGAUUCUGUGCUCGUUGCUGCAUCGCGGAAAGACGCUGGACCGGAAAGAAGAAAUACUUACUGCACUUCGCAGAGCGAGGACCAUCUGGAUUCGAAGAAGCUCCAUCUCCCAGGAAGCGAAAAAGGCGGCAGAUACUGUAAGCAUUGUCCUCGCAAGGGCACGAGAUGGCGGCGGACUUGGGCUUGACAUGGACGAUGGCAAGACCGGCGAUGCUGGCAACGCCAUGCAAGCUCAUAACAUAAUG